CAUAGUUAGAGUUGAUAUAUGUAUAUAUAUAGUGAUACGCUUGCUGUAUUCCAGAUGAGCAGCCGAAUUCUGUUUUCAGGCGUGAUUAAUGCUGUUCGUUAAUAUAUAUGUUGUGCUUUAUACUGCAGCGCGUUCGAUUUACUGUUACGAGUGCGAUUCGUGGACGGAUGCACGUUGCAAGGAUCCGUUCAACUAUACGGCGCUGCCGCAUGAUCAGCCGCCUUUGAUGACCUGCAAUGGCUGCUGUGUGAAGAUGGUGCGACAUCAGCGAUCACCCUACGAGGUGGUGCGACGCAUGUGUACGUCACAAUUACAAAUCAAUUUAUUCAUGGUCGAUCACGUGUGCAUGAUGGAAAGUUCAGGCAAUGGACAUAUGUGCUUUUGUGAGGAAGAUAUGUGCAAUUCUAGUAAAAGUUUAUACUCAUUCGCUAACGGUUAUCAACAAAUCAUACUAAUCAUCACAAUGCCAUGGCUAAUACUGCUCCAACAGUUUGUGCACAGCUAGAUCAGCAAACCAGAUCAGAUCAGAUCAGAUCCGAUUCGAUCCGGUUCGACCAGAUUAGAUCAGAUCAGAUCAGUUAGUUAGUUUUCCCAGAAGCGUUUAAAAGAACAAUACACAAACACCAAUAACAGUUAACUAGAGACAUAUAUCAUGCCCAACACAGACACACACACACACACACACACACAGAAGACACAUUUACACGUAACUUGAAAUUGUUUUGUAGCCCGAGUUCUGACUAUUUAAGUUUCGCAUUUCAAACAAAAUGUAAAAUGAAGUUGAUUUUGGUUCUGCAAGCACAGUUAACUAAUACUAUAAUCUAUGAUAAUGCUACGAGUAGAUCCAAAGUUUGACUGCACAUACAUAAACAUAAACAA